AUCAAAUUCUUAUUUCGGCAUGGAAAUGAUGUUUCUCCUGUUCCUUUAGAUUGAUGACGAUCUUUGGUUGAAUCCUAUUGGCAAACAAGUGCCGUUCGGACUCGGUGAUAAUUUCUGCCCCUCCUCCAUCUACACAACCAUUCGGCUAUUGACUCGGAAGCUUAUCCCGCGAUGGCAGACUCGACUGGACAGCGUCUGUACAGCUGCUUCAAGUGUGGGAAUCAAGUUUGUUGCCACGACGACAUUGUCUCCAAGAAUUUCCAGGCAAGCCAUGGCAGGGCGUUUCUGCUCUCACACGCCAUGAACAUAGUAGAAGGUCCCAAGGAGAACAGGAAUCUCAUAACCGGUCUCCAUGUGGUUUCCGAUAUAUACUGCGUUGAUUGCCUGGAGAAUUUGGGAUGGAAGUAUGAUCGAGCGUACGAGGAAUCCGAGAAGUAUAAGGAGGGGAAAGUCGUGCUCGAAAAAUUCAAGAUUGUCAAGCAUAACUGGCAGUAACCAAGUAAACAGAGAGGCUACUUCUCUUGUCCUUCGAAAUUCAUUUAAACGGUUCUCCGCUUUCUUCCUCCUCUGUACAGAAUCGUCCAAAAUGUAAAUAUCACGUAUUGGCUAUCCACAUAAGAGAUGGAUGAUCAGUUCGUCUGUC